AUGACAGAAUUCAAUAAAAAUAAUAUACUGAGGGGUCCGACACCUCCUCGUAUUAAAGAGAAAUGUUAUGAUUUAUGUCGUGAAUAUUUGGGAGGCGUUUGGCUUAACGUAACCGUCGGUGACAUCGAAGUGAAGCGUCUGACGGGAGGCGCCACUAAUCAGUUGUAUUAUUGCGCUUUCAAUGAAGACAAGAGACUGAGUGCCGGAGAUGUGCCGCAAGAACACGAAUGGUUUGAAUUGAAUGAUCAAAAGAAUCCAAUUCUGGUCCAAGAAUUGGCCCAUAAGUUAGCGGGAAUUCACACAACAGUUGUUCCCAUAAAGAAGACUCAGAAUUGGAUUUUUGAUCAUUUUGAAGAUUCGUAUAACAAGGCGUACAAAAUGUUUGAUAUUAACGCUCUGAUCGAUGAAUGCAAUUGCGAGACAUUGAAAACACAUGAUUUGAAAGAAGAGAUACAAUGGAUAAAAGAUUUAAUUACAGAAUCUGAUUCUCCGGUGACUUUCACUCACAUAGACUUUAGAGGACAUAAUAUUAUGGUCACAGAAAGUGAUGGUCUAGUCAUUUGUGACUUCGAGUACGGCUGUUACGGCUGCCGGGGCUUUGAUUUUGGGUCACUAUUUGUGGGAUGGGGUCGUAAUUGUCACCAACAUUUAAGAUACGUUAAGUUUCCGGACGACAACACUAUCCGUCCGUUUAUUGAUUCCUACAUUAAAGAGUCGACUAAAAUAUUGGGCAUAAGGUUUACAAACGAUAUCCGAAAUACAUUUCAACACAUUUUGAAAGAGACAAAAGUGUUUACAUUAGUGACCACAAUGUUUCUCGUACUAUAUUUAUUGAAUGUCAAUGAAUUGACUAAUAAUAACCGACCAUUUGAUAAAAAGAAAAUGAUGGUCUGUAUUAAUCAGUAA